UCCCAGUUCUCUCUCUCUAACUUCUCUCCGGGUUUCCCUCACCACCCGGCGCAUUUUAUCUUUCGCUCUAAACGGCCAUGGCGCACGUUAGCCAACUGCCGUGCGACGGCGACGGCGUCUGCAUGCUCUGCAAGGCGAAACCUUCCGACGAGGAAAAGCUCUCCUGCAAGACCUGCGUCACUCCCUGGCACGCCGCCUGCCUCGCCCCCUCCUCCCGCCCCGAGACUCUGGCCGCGACGGCGCAGUGGGAGUGCCCCGACUGCACCUCCAUCUCCGUCGAAGCUCCGGCCGUCAAGUCCAGCGAGUCCGGGGACCUAAUCGCGAAGAUCCAGGCGAUUAUGGCGGAUAAGUCACUGACGGAGGAGGAGAAGGCGAAGAAGCGGCAGGAGCUGAUGAGCGGCAAGGCGGAGGUGGAGGAGGAGAAGAAGAAAGGAGCGAAGAAGGAUGUGCUUGAUGUUCUGGACGGAAUUUUCAACUGCUCUUUCUGUAUGCAGCUGCCGGAGAGACCUGUCACGACACCAUGCGGCCACAAUUUCUGCCUGAAGUGCUUCCAGAAAUGGGUUGGGCAACGAAAGCAUACUUGUGCAAAGUGCCGUGCUCCAAUUCCCCCAAAGAUGGCAACUCAACCCCGUAUCAACUCUUCCCUUGUAGUUGCCAUACGUAUGGCUAAGCUUUCCAAAUCACAUGUUAAUGGGGGGCCUGCCAAGGUAUAUCAUUACAUACAAAACCAAAACAGGCCUGACAAAGCCUACACUACUGAGCGGGCACAAAAGACUGGAAAAGCUAACGCUGCAAGUGGAAAAAUAUUUGUCACAAUACCGUCUGAUCAUUUUGGACCUAUACCUGCUGAAAAUGAUCCCGAGAGAAAUCAAGGUGUCAUGGUUGGCGAAUGUUGGGAGGAUAGGCUGGAAUGUCGGCAAUGGGGUGCACACUUUCCCCAUGUUUCUGGUAUAGCUGGACAGUCUAAUCAUGGUGCCCAGUCUGUUGUGCUUUCAGGAGGGUACCUUGAUGAUGAGGAUCAUGGAGAAUGGUUUCUGUACACAGGAAGUGGCGGAAGAGAUUUGAGUGGGAACAAGCGAACUAAUAAGGAUCAGUCCUUUGACCAGACAUUCGAGAAAUAUAACAAGGCACUCCAAGUCAGUUGUCAGAAGGGCUAUCCUGUAAGGGUGGUAAGAUCGCACAAGGAGAAGCGCUCCUCAUACCCCCCUGAGAAAGGGUUGCGGUAUGACGGAGUUUAUAGAAUUGAGAAGUGUUGGAGAAAGGUGGGAGUCCAGGGUUUUAAGGUCUGCCGGUAUCUUUUUGUCAGAUGUGACAACGAACCUGCACCAUGGACAAGUGAUGAACAUGGAGAUCGGCCUAGACCAUUACCUGCUAUACCUGAGUUGACAAAAGCCACAAACAUUACAGAGAGGAAUGCAAGUCCUUCAUGGGACUAUGAGGAGAAAGAUAGCUGCUGGAAAUGGAUAAAGGCACCACCCAUGAGCAAAAAACCUGUUCAAGCUUUAGAUCCUGAAGAUCGGAAGAGGUCAAGGACCAUGAUUAGGAAAGCACAGAACAUGAGUGUAAGAGAGAGGCUCUUGAAAGAAUUUAGCUGCCUUAUUUGCCGCCAGGUAAUGACAUCACCUGUUACCACAUCCUGUGGGCAUAACUUCUGCAAAUCAUGUUUUCAAGGUGCUUUUGCUGGGAAGAGUGUGGUGACAGAAAGAAACAGAGGUGGAAGAAGCCUCCGAACUCAGAGAAAUGUACUGACCUGUCCUUCUUGUCCGACUGAUGUCUCUGAUUUUGUUCAAAAUCCCCAGGUGAACACAGAGAUUAUGAAAGCAAUAGAGUCACUGAAAGAAGAGGAAGCAAAUGCGGAGCCAGCUAAUGAAUCAAGUGAAGAAGUGGACACUCCAGAAGUGCCUGAAGAACCUGCUGUGAUAGUUGGUGAGCAGACUUCUCCAGCAAAAUGCAAUCCCACAGGCAGUCCCAAAAGACUGAAAGUUGAUACUGGUAAUGACUCGCCAAAGAGCGAUAUUGUGGAGGUAAAUGAAAUUUCUGCUGUCCAGACUGUUGGUGUCACUGGAGAUAUUGAGAUGGAAAUUGCCAAGGAAAGCAAUGAAGUACAUGAUCCUGUUGAGGAACUUGGUAAGCCAACUGGUCGAGCUGGCCAAGGUGUUGGAGCAAAGACCAGGGGAAGGAAGAAGGCUAACGAAGCUGAGAGUGAAGAGAACAACUCACCAUCAAGUAAUGAAGUUUCUGCUGUUCACGCAAAUGGUGUGAAUGGAGAUUCUGAUUUAGAUAUAGCCAAUGAGACCAAUUCAGAGUUGGUAAUUGCUAAGCAAACUGAUUUAGAUAUAGUCAAGGAGACCACUUCUGAGAUGGAUAUUGCCAAGGAAAGCAAUGAGGUACAGGCUCCAGUGGUUAAACGUGGGAGGAAAGCUGCUGGCCAAGGUGUUGGAGCGAAAACUAGGGGAAGGAAGAGGGCCAAAGAAGCUACGAGUGAAGAGGACGGCUCAUUACCUAGUACUGAAGUUUCUGACGUCCUGACUAAUAAUAGCAAUGUAGAUUCUGAUUUUGUUAUGGCCAAGGGGGGUGGCAAUGAGCUGCAGGCUCCAGUGGCGAAACGUGGGAAGAGAGUGGUGAAAGCUGCUGCUGGUCCUGCUGGUGAAGGUGUUGGAUCAAGGACCAGAGGUAGGAAGAACGCUAGGGCAGCAGUGAGUGUAGAGAAUGGUUCACCAUCUAGUCCUCUCCAUGUGGAUGCGGAUUUCGAAUGAUUGCUAUCGAGGAAGGAAGUGUGAACCUUGGGGGUUUUUUUUUAUGGGUAAGUUAUGCUUUUGGGUACCUCAAGGUUCUUUUGAGGAUUAAUAGCACAAACUUUUUUAGUGCUGCUGGAAGGUUCUUUUUUGAGAAUUGCUUACACAGGUAGCUGGCUUAAUGCCUGAUAAUGUAAUGCAAAACCAGUUGGUAAUCUUCAUGGCAAUGGAGUACUUAUAUUUGAUGUAGUAAAUAUAUUCUCAUUAGAGUGAUAUGCCUCUUGUAUAAUAUAAACUAUUACAAGCCUUGCUUUUGUCAGAUUUGAUCACUCUAGGAAACUACGUUAGAAG